UCAGAACACACCAUGGCUAUGUUCAACAGCUCUGCAUUCCACCACAGCUUUACGCCUGGAAUAGUUUUACCACUUUAACAUACCCUGUGAUCGGAAAGAGUCAGGCCUUUUCGUUCUAAAGUUUAAGGAUGAGUUACAAAAGUUUAUUCAACUCUUCCUUUGGGAAUUUCAAUAAGACAACUCUGGUAAAGUUUGACUUUUCUGCAUGGUUAACACGUUCAAAUAUUUCCUUCAGUGAUCUGAGUGUACUGCCAGAUAUUUCAACAAAUGAACGAGUGGCCAAGAUCUUAAUGUAUGUACUGGCCAUGAUCUUAGCUUUGACACUGAAUUCUCUUAUCAUUGUUGUUAUUAUCAGAACAAAAAGUCUACGAACAAAGUUUAACAUGUAUGUCCUGAACUUGGCUAGUGUCAACAUUCUCAUCACUCUUACCUGUAUGUGGUUACAUCUUGUCACCAACCUCAGUCCGUCAAAGUGGCCGCUCGGCCAUUUCUUCUGCAAAAUCAACACUUUUUUGCAAGUGUUGGUGGUGACAGUGUGUGUUUUCACAUUGACUGUGAUAGUCGUAGAUAGAUUCUUUGCCACUUUAUACCCGAGAUGUCUGGUCAUCACACAAGCACACCAGGUCACGGUCAUUGUUCUCAUAUGGAUACUCGGAACUCUACUGGCAUUGCCGUGGCUACUGUAUACCCGGUAUUCUGAGUAUGACUGGAUUGGAGGUCAUGAGGUUCUAUGCCAAGCUCACUUCCCAUCCGAGGAUUCCCGAAAGGCGUACGUCACGGUGUCAGUGGUGAUCGGCUACGUACUUCCGGUUAUCGUUAUGUUUAUUCUGCUCGUGGUGACGAUGAUAAAAUCUGCACCGCCAAAGGUGCCAAUGACAGAACAGAGAAAAUCGUUCGACAAUAUGAAACAAAAAGCAGUGACGAUGAUCCUGACCGUAUUGGUUGUGUUCUUCGUGUGCUGGAGUCCUCCACAGUUUGAGCGGCUCUGGGACGUGUACCGUUACAAAGGGCCUGGAGCAAAGUUACCGAUGGGUAUACACGCCAUGACCUACGCCUCCUUCUACAUCGCCUACUUCAGCAGCUCUAUAUACCCUUUAGUGUACAUAGGUUUCAAUGGUUGUUUUCGCCACGCUGCUCUCAACUUCGUCUGCAGGAGACCGAACUCGUCCGCUUUGGCUGUACUUCCGGGUGAGCCAGGUCCUAGUCACUCUACCGAGGAUAAAACUUCCCCGAAGCUACAGAGCCUGGCUGAGGAUGAUUGCUUUACAGAUAUGUCAACGUCCUAGCAAUGAUUCCAUGUGCCGUAUAGCUGUUAGGGUGAAAACCAAUCCCAAUCCGUCCCUUUCCGAACUUGUGUGAUGUUAGAUAGGACAUCACUGUAGGUUACGUGAUACGAUUAGUCUCAGACUUCAUUUUACACAUGUCUGUUUGUUUUUCAUUUCCUGUAUACUCGAUAACCUGUGUGAGGGUGUGAUAGACUAUCCGAGAUUCACAUGGGACAUGUGUCCCCAGCGCUGUGCCUCCAUUGACAUUCCAUAGAAAACUUUAUGUACGAAACUAUCUGUAUUACUUUAUGCAGAGCUUUGUUUCCCCUUAUUUUGUAGUUUGUUUAUUAUUUCGA